AUGCCCCGGCAGAAGGCCCUCCCGCGGGAGGUUUCCAUACAAGGUGAGGACCCGGCGUACGUGACGCCGAACGACGCACGUGGAGAACCGGUUUACGUCAACCCGACAGGUGAUCUUGCCGACGCCGAAAACGUCAUCUAUGAACGCGCCGCAGACGCUUCGGAAGACGAGCCGGAAUACCUGACUCUGAAAGAUGAUUCAGGUGACAAAGGUGACCAGCCGAGGUACAUGACUUUGAAAGUUGAUGCUUCAGAGGGGAUGAAGACCGCUCGUGAAGGCGGAGAAGGUUCUGAGCAGCCUCCGGUUGAAGCGGAUGUUCUUGCCGCUGGGGAUUCUGGGAUUCUCAAACGCCUGUACCAACGCAUGACGGCCCUGGAAAAAGGCUUCCGGACAAUUUCGAUCACCCUGGGUCUGAUGUACCUGGUCAACCUGGCCCUGGUCAUCUACAUCACAGACGCUGGAUUCAGGACUGCCACAUUCACCACCCUCGGUGCGACCGGCCGUGCAGGCCCGACCAGCCUGGGUGCCCACUACCGCGGACAGGACCACGAGAAGCUGGUGACCUUACAGGAUGGGAUCCAGCUCUUCACCGUGCCUGAGACGGGAGACUACAGGAUUGAAGUUGCAGGUGCCGCUGGAGGCUGGGAUUCCGCCAACAGUAACAAGGAUAACCGGGGCUAUGGUGCCUUGAUGAAGGGGACCUUCGAACUCUACAAAGGAGAGGUUCUGAAGAUUCUGAUUGGGCAGGAAGGAGCGGAGACUACAGGCGGCCUCUCUUCCGGAGGAGGCGGCGGGACGUUCGUGGCGAGGUUUAACAACACCCCACUCAUCAUCGCGGGAGGGGGAGGGGGGAUGCAGUGGUUGUUCUGGCAGUAUGCUUCUUGCGACGGGACGACGCUGACGUCCGGCCAGAGGAGUUAUUUAGGCGUGAAAUGCCGGGAGGGGAAUGCAAGUGACGAGGUGAACGCGGGAGGGUCUGAGGGGCAAGGGGCGACAGCCGGGAAGGGGGACUUAGGCGGGGGCGGAGGCGGCUUCUACACUAAUGGCGGUAGCGGGCGGCAGUUUGGGGCAAGGGGGUCUGGGACAAGCGGCGGGGAGGGGGGGUACGCGUUUGUGAACGGAGGUAAGGGAGGGAGAGGGACUGGUUUUAAUAAUGACGGGGGGUUUGGUGGCGGAGGGGGGGCCUACGCGCCAGGUAAUGGGUCAGGAGGAGGAGGGGGGUACUCCGGAGGGGGGAGAGGACCAUUCGGAGGACUGUGCGAGUGCGGCGGAGGGGGAGGGUCAUUCAAUAAUGGCACAGCCAAAAGUGGCCGGAAUGGAAAAAACGACGGGCCUGGUUACGCAGUGAUCGUGAGGCUCACCGUUUCCACCCUGUCAGGUGACCAGCCGAGGUACAUGACUUUGAAAGUUGAUGCUUCAGAGGGGAUGAAGACCGCUCGUGAAGGCGGAGAAGGUUCUGAGCAGCCUCCGGUUGAAGCGGAUGUUCUUGCCGCUGGGGAUUCUGGGAUUCUCAAACGCCUGUACCAACGCAUGACGGCCCUGGGAAAAGGCUUCCGGACACUUUUGAUCACCCUGGGUCUGAUGUACCUGGUCAACCUGGCCCUGGUCAUCUACAUCACAGCAGGUUACCAGCCCAGCAGCCAGGCCGCCCGACAGCCGAGCCGGGCAGAGGAAAUCCUGACCGUCCCGAAGGAGGUUUUGCCGCUUCUUAAGUUCCUUGCAGGACAGUCGGGUGGGACCGGGAAGACCUGGGAGCGAACCGGGGGCGGGGAGGCCAACGCUUCCCGCGAGCCGCCAACUACCCCGAACAGCCUGAAGGACCCUCGCUUCAAGACUGCCACGUUCACCACCCUCGGUGCGACCGGCCGUGUAGGCCCCACCAGCCUGGGUGCCCACUACCGCGGACAGGACCACGAGAAGCUGGUGACCUUACAGGACGGGAUCCAGCUCUUCACCGUGCCUGAGACCGGAGACUACAGGAUUGAAGUGGCAGGUGCCGCAGGAGGCUGGGAUUCCGCCAACAGUAACAAGGAUAACCGGGGCUAUGGUGCCAUGAUGAGGGGGGAAUUCGAACUCAACAAAGGUUUGAGAACAGAGACCGUCAGUCAGUGGUCAUCAGAUGCGCCGCGCGCUCAGAAAGACGCUGGCUUCGUGACUACCACGUUCACCACCCUCGGUGCGACCGGCCGUGCAGGCCCGACCAGCCUGGGUGCCCACUACCGCGGACAGGACCACGAGAAGCUGGUGACCUUACAGGACGGGAUCCAGCUCUUCACCGUGCCAGAGACCGGAGACUACAGGAUUGAAGUGGCAGGCGAGGUGCUGAAGAUUCUGGUUGGCCAGGAGGGGCUGGACAGCACUCGCUGGUUUUCCUCCGGGGGAGGCGGCGGGACGUUCGUGACCAGGUUUAACAACACCCCCCUCAUCAUCGCGGGAGGGGGAGGGGGGAUAGAGUGGCUGGAGCAGCGGUUCGCGACGUGCGACGGGACGACGCUGACGUCAGGGCAGACCAGCUACAGGGGCGAGGCUCGUAUGGCGGGGAGUCUAGCGUUCGCGGGGGGUACCAACGGGCACGGGGCGACGGACGGGCGCGGGGAAUUAGGCGGGGGCGGAGGCGGCUUCUACACUAACGGCGGCAGCGGGCGGCGGUUUGGAGGGUCUGGGACAAGCGGUGGGGAGGGGGGGCACGCGUUUGUGAACGGGGGGCAGGGAGGGAGGGCGCUGCAUAACGGCGCAGACGGGGGGUUUGGGGGGAGGGGUGCUUAUGGCAAUAGUAAGGGGUCAGGUGGAGGAGGGGGGUACUCCGGAGGGGGGAGGGGGCCCUGUUCCGUGUGCGAGUGUGGAGGAGGGGGAGGGUCCUUCAAUGCCGGCACAGACGCAGGUGGCCAGAAUGGAACCAACGCGGGGCCUGGUUACGCUGUGAUUGUAAGGCUGUUUGGCUGA